AUGCUACGUCUAGCCUUCAAGCAAUUAUCACGUCAAUCUUUCUUAUAGAAAAAGAAAAUCUAUGAACUAUUUUUUGAAAGGGGAUUGAAAUUCUUUUAUCAAAGUAUCAAACAAAACUAUUAUACCCUAGAUCAACAUCGACAUGCAAUAGAUUAAUUUGAGAUUUGCAUGUCAGUCUUUGCUGAAGCCAAACAACCCAAACGAUGGCAGGACACUAAAUUUGAAGAUUUGAAUUGCAGACAUUACCCUGAAUAAUAAUAAAUCAAAGUUUGCUUUUAAGACCUUUGGAAAAAUUUAUUCGAAUUGAUGGGUAAAUGUUAUUACAUAUUGCAUGAACAAGAAGCCUGCACCAAAAUGUGCGAUUAUUGGCAAUAAUUAAAUCCACUCUGUGCAGGGGCCUUCAUUUUGAGAGCUUAGUCUCGAUUCUUAUCUGAGCAAGUGACCUAAAUAGACUGCCAGAUGAUUUGCAAAGAUCUCUAAUUUGCUCAGCAAUUGGAUCCUCUCAAUGAAAGCAUCGCCAAGGUCUACGAUAUGGUCUAAGCUCAAUUAUCCAAGUUCGAAGAGGAUGACAGCGACAAAGAACAGUACGUUUAAUAGGACACUUCUCAAUACAGUGUCCAGGAGGAAGAAGAUUUGCCUUAGGAUUUCAUGGCCUAGUUUGCAUAUCAAGACAAUGACUAAGAACUUAGUUAUGAAUAAGAUCCAAAGAAACCGAUACCCAUGGAAGUGUAAGAGCUAGGGCGAUUUAUUGAAUCAAGAGGAAUGGAUAUGGUCAAGACCUUCUUACAGAAUGGCUAGUUGAAAGAAGCAGUAGAUUUGAAGGACAAACUACAAAAAGCUUUGAUAGCCAAGAAACAACUAGAGAAAAUUUCUCAAUUAGAUUUUAAUAGACCCAAGAAGAAAUUACAAUUAUAUGCUCAAUAGUUUGGCAUAGAUUUAUUGGAUCCACAAGUACAAAACGAAUUUAAGAGGAUUUAAGAGUAAAACUUGGAAGACAUUCGACAAUGGCUGAAAUAGAAUCAGUGGAGUUACGUUGACAAAGCGACUUAGAUAUAGCAGUAAGAGAAAGCCAGAUAAGAAUUGGCAAAGCUGUAAUUUAAGAGAAAAAUGGUCCCUUAAAAACAUGCUAAACACAAGGUUGUUAAGAAGGCUUAAAUUGGACUAUCCUAAAACAGUCCUAGUCCUUCUUCGAGUAACACAAAUAUCUCAACUAAAGAGUUUUAAUAAAGCAGUUCUGUGUUGAAUAACGAAACUUAAAUUGAAGCAGAACAAACUUGUGAUUUAAAUUGCAUUAUUAACUUCUCUAUUUUACUCCUAGCGACAAUCACAAUAAUAUCGACAAUCUAUUAUUCAUUCUUAGGAUGA